GGCACGGCCAUGGCGGAGCGGGGCCGGGGCUGGGCGCGGGCCGUGCGGGGGCUGCUGCUCGAUGUCAGCGGGGUCCUCUACGACAGCGGCGCCGACGGCGGCGUCCCCAUCGCGGGCUCGGCCGAGGCCGUGCGCAGGAUCAAAGCCUCCGGGCUGAAGCUGCAGCUCUGCACCAACGAAACCCAGGCGACCCGGGAGAAUUUCGUGCGGAAGCUGCGGGCCAUGGGCUUCGACAUCUCGGUGGCCCAAGUGACCGCGCCGGCGCCGGCCGCCUGCCGCCUCCUGAGGGAGCGAGGCCUGAGGCCUCACCUGCUGGUGCACGACGAUCUUGUCCCUGAAUUUGCUGAGAUUGAUAAGACAAACCCAAACUGUGUGGUUCUUGGAGAUGCAGCAGAAAACUUCACCUACGCAAACCUCAACGAGGCUUUCCGACUUCUGAUCGGGAUGGAGAAGCCUGUUUUGAUCUCCCUUGGAAAAGGACGCUACUAUAAAGAAACUGAUGGGCUGAAACUUGAUGUUGGAGCAUAUAUGAAGGCAUUAGAGUAUGCUUGUGAUAUCCAGGCUGAGGUGGUGGGGAAACCAGCAAAAAGGUUUUUUGAGUCAGCCCUGGCAGAACUGGGAGUUCCACCAGAGCAGGCCAUCAUGAUCGGGGAUGACAUCGUGAGUGAUGUCGGGGGAGCGCAGCGGUGCGGGAUGAGAGCGCUGCAGGUGCGGACGGGCAAGUACAGGCCGUCCGAUGAAAACCACCCCGAGGUGAAGCCUGAUGCCUACGUGAACAACCUAGCUGAGGCUGUGGACAUCAUCCUCCAGGAGAUGUAAAUCCCAGCAGGAGCUGUAAAUCCAGCAGGAGCAGGGAUGAGCCCUCACGUGCAGCCCCUCCACGGAACCACUUCAUCCUCUCCCACCUCCAUCUCACCUGAAUGAACCCAGCCCAGCCUUGUGGUGCAGGGUGGUGGGCACCUGCCUUCCGAAAUAUUUCACAUAAUGGUACUAAAAUGAUCUACUGACCUCCCAUGCAAGGGAGCACCAAACCUGCUGUCCUCUGGCAAGUCCUGAAUGCCCUGCCCUUGGUGCCUGUGAGGGGCCUCAGCCUCCUCUGGGUGAUGCUGGGGGGCUGUUCCCCCUUUUCAUCUUUGCUCACACUGGGAAGACGGAAAACAGGGAACCCAGGCACCUCCUCAUGAAUGGAUUUACCUGUUUAACCCCCAUGUCCUGUGCCUUUUGGGAUGGGAAUGUCCUUUGGGGGCUGAUGGAGGCCACCAAGCUCCUGUGUGUGCCUCGGGUGGCACAGAAGCCCUGGGGAGGGGACAGCCCCACGUGCCUUGGCAUGGCAGGAGCUGUGGUUCUGCCAGGACCAGCCCGUCUGGAGCAGCCCCAGGAGGGGGCACAGGAAUCAGUAACACAUCAGGGAAUAACUGCACCAUCCUGUCAGGAAUAAACCCUGUCCUUUGGAUCUG